AUGGGAGAAUCGGCUUUAAAGGUAGUUGUUGGCGAUGGAGAGUUUGUUCUUGACAAACCAGAUAUCGUUUCCCAAUACAGUCGUGUAAUUUCAGUCUCUCCAUCGAAUUCAAUAUUAUCAGCUGGAUUAAAAGUUGGGGAUCUUGUAUCGUGUAUUGACAGGAUUCCUAUUGGUGGACUAAAACUCGAUGAAUUGCAGUCUUUAAUUAAUGACUCUACCAGUUCCGGUGAACUGAAACUGAAAGUGAUAGACAAUGGAGGUGAAAUAUGUUGCUCCUUCCCAGUAGAAGUUGGUAACAAAACAAUUUGUCAAACAAUAAAAAAAGUUGCUGAACUCUCAUCAGACAAAUCAGAACAUGAGAAUUUGCGAAUAAUACAUCGACAGGCUUAUCGUUCAUCUCCAGACACUGCUAGGUCGCAACGCAAUUUUAAUGUAAGGAAUAGCUCUCUCGAAAAACCUGGUCCGCAAAUAAAUUACAAACCAAAGCACACUUCUACCUGUUCUCCUGUUAUUGGUUCAUGCGACUCUCAGUUAGGUGCUGUUGCAAGACUAGCUAUCGAUGGCGGUCUGACAACUGAUCAACUGCUUCAAAUAGGAUCCUCAGAAACUAAUCAACCUGGGCAUUAUUUAUCUCAAUCAGUCACCUGCUGUAAUCAGAAACGUUUGGUACCAGAUCCCAACUACAGUUUUUCACACUCAAGGAAUACGAAUUUUUCAACCACGCAUCCUACUUCGCCGUAUCCUCACGUUUGUCGUGUUUCCCCACGAGGGACUAGAAGACCUGUAUGCUAUAGCUCUAGCCAAUCUGUUAACCUUGUUCGAGGUCCCGGUACAACUGCAGCGCAUGACCAAUCACACGUUGCUAUUUCUCCUACCCAUACUGCUGAUAGCAAUCCUCGUCUAUCUCAGUGCACGACAUCUCGUGAUAACCUACUCACGUGGCAUAAUCUUAACAACAGUAGUCGUGUUUCCCUUGCUGCUCAAAUGACUCGCGUUGGUGGACUUGUUUUCGCCACUGGUUCACCAAAUCUUGUAUCAGAAAAUUCGGACUCGAACCCGGUUGAAAAAAGUAUUUCUUCAGCCAAGCCUUAUCAAUCAAUAUCUGCAUGUACUUCUCCCACCAAUUUGAAACAUACUGUGUCAUCUAAUUCCCAAUCAGGUUCUUUCUUUUCAUGUUCAAAUGUUCCUAGUCCAACGAAUACCCCACCUUUAUCUUCCACGAAUGCCACAUACAAUAUAGCAGCUACAGAUAUAGUUCGUUUGGGACCAGGUAAUAUUGUUACUCGAGCUGCAGCUGGUUCGACUGUGUACAGUCCUUCAAGUUUGAUUCGAAUGCACUGUUCUCCACAACCAUAUGUUGGAAUGGGGAUGACUGGAAGUCCUUAUGUUCCGGUAGUGUCCACGCUUACAAUCUCUAAUUUAAACGUCCCUUCACCUGUAUUAUCGGAUGGAGAUGAUUCUUGUUUAUGUACAAAGCCCACCAUCAAUUCUGAACCGAAUAUUUCAACUACAUAUUCAGAUUUAGAGACAAAUAGAACACCUGAAUCAGUCUUCCCUUGUUCAACAUCUUCACCAAGUCCUACAGAAAUGUCUCCAUCAAUAGUAAACCGACCAGGAACGAAGAAAAGUUAUGUGAAUCCUUCUCUACGAUCUUCAGCACCUGUUACAUCAUCAUCCCAAUAUAUUCCUUCUUCUGAAGGCCCUGUCGCUGAUUCCUUCCUACCUCAUCCUAAACCAUUGAAUCUUUACAAUGUACCAAGUUCACAAAUAGUUCGAACCGUUAGACAUCUUCGGCGUAUUAGACACAUUCUUGGUGAUUCAAUUGGCUACACUAGUUCUGCAACGUCAGCAUCCACCAGUGCACUUGCAGAUGAAGAUAAAGAUGACUCUGUUAGUUCAUCUAAAGUUGGACAACUACGAUUUCAUGGUUAUCAUUCAGUUGAAUCGAUCAGACGAUCUAGUUUACUAUGUGAUUGUUUUCCAAAUCAAGCUACAGAUGUGAAUGAUAGGAAAUCUGUAAAAAUUUCCAACUCUCAUACACCGUCAUAUCCUGUGACUGCAUCUAUCGACUGGAAUGAUCCUGAAAUAGAGGAUUCUAAAAAAUCACUUGUUUGGUGUAAUUAUCAAAUGACGUUAUCAGGUCAAACACUUGUGUUAACACGAGUAAAUGAUUCUUCAUGUCAGAUUUCUAACCAUCACACUGAUCUUAACGAAAAUUCCAUGCAUAUUCAUAUUCCAUUGUCUGGAGAAAGUUUAAUUUGGUAUUCAGCUUCUGAGUUGCCCGGGAAAACAUGUACAUCUUUACCAUCGAAUUGGGAUUCAGGAGCUGGAGUUAUUGGUGUGUUACACAGUUCAAAAUUAAACUUAACAUGUUACCUUAGCUUUUCGGAUCGUCAGAUAGCGUCUAAUAUCUUUGAUCAUUAUGGACCAGGGAAAAUCAGUGAAGAGUCUAAAGAGAAACACUCUACAGCCAAUUCAUCUCAACCUAGCUUGCCAUCACAUAGAUUACGUUCUAAGUUUUCCUCUGGACGAUCUAGUAUUGGUCUUGCUGGACCUUCUGGUGUAGCGCCAUUAUUUAAAGCUGUUGGGACUGCUGCAGCAUCAGUUGGUAUGCAGCUUAGCGAGUAUGUGAAUUUUCAAGGAUUAUUGCAAUCUCAUAAACAAGCUACAGUCUCUGUCUCUUCUCCACAAGAGUCUGCUUUAUCUGAAAAUGGUGAUAUUAACAAAUCAAAGAGUGAUCAGACUUCAAGCGUCCAAUCAUCUAAUCCAUCAGAUUUUACUGCACAGCCUAGUAAAGCUAAAGAGCUUAGAUUUCUUCCUUCUUUUCCUCGAGGUCGUGGACGUUUGCAUCAAGCGCUUACGAAAAUGAAACGUGCAGCAACAGCAUCUUGUGAUCCUACUACCCGUUCAAGUUCCAGCGUAACUACGAGAAGGUUUGCUUCAUCUCAUGGUUUUGGGAAAAACAAGUCUAUUCAUAUAAGUUCUCCUCUUAAAGCAUCCACUGAAGAUAUGAAUUGCUCAAAUAAAUUAGGAAACAUUUUCAAUUCACCAUCUCAUUUACAUAAUAAUCAUAAUAAUAGUCAAUGUGCAUUAUUAUUGGCUACAUCGGUCUCACCAUCACCUUCGUUGCAAACUCCAUGUUUAACGUACUUCCAGUUAGAAUCUAAUGAAUCAGUUAACUCUAAUAUUGAUUCAUCUAAUUUGUCAGAAGGUCCUCAUGAAUAUUCAAACAAAGAAACAGGUCGUUAUAUCGAUAUAUCAGUCAAUCAACAAUCUAGAAGAGAACAUAAAGCAACCAGUCAGCUUACUGUUUUAGUGUCGGAAACUGUAGAUCAAGACAUAAACUCAGAUGGUAAUGCAAUUCAAAGUACUAGUAAUCGAAGUGAAUGCACAUUGUUUGUUCAAACCAAACAUCCUUUCGUACCAUUGCCUGUUCAAUUAAGUAACCCUUUACCACUACAUAAAUGUCCUAGAAGUACAUUAUCUCCCUUUGUUCCUUUUGUGGUAGAACUAUGCGUUACACUAGUCGAACGCUAUGGUCUCAAUUGUAUCGGUAUUUAUCGUUUAUCUGGUAGCAAGGUGGCUCAUGACUUCAUUACCUCUGAAUUAAGUAGGGAUAUUACUACAAUCGAUGUAACAUCAGAUAAAUGGAAUGAUUUACAUGCUGUUUGUGGAGUUUUGAAAACAUUUCUACGCAAUCUUCCAGAUUCCCUUUUUCCUAAAGUUAUGUAUCCAGAUUUUCUGGCUGCGUGUCGCUUACCACAACGUGAAAAACGUCUUCUAUCUAUUCAACGUUUAUUAAGUAUUAUGGAAUGUUAUCCAUGUCAUCCAGAGUAUAGAGCACAUAGAGCUACACUUCGUUAUCUUGUUACUCAUUUAGCUCGUGUUAGUGCUCGUGAAGGAGUGAAUAAAAUGACAGCAUAUAAUUUAGCGUUAGUAUUUGCACCAAAUCUUGUACAACCAUGUGAAGAUUCGCCUGAAUUACUAAUGAGUGAUUCUAAAUAUAAAAUUAUGCUUGUUGAAACUGUGAUCAAAUAUCAUGCGUGGAUAUUUUCACCAGAUUUAGGGCUAGAAAGUGGUUGCUCUGUCCCACCAGAUUCAACAGAAGAUUUAACACCUGAAAUUGAUGUUAAUAGUAAGAAUAAUUCUACAAUAUGUGAUAGUUCAACAAUAGAUUCUGAGGAUUCAAUUCAGCAACCGGGACGAUUAGAAGGUGACGUUCAACCGUUGGUCGCUGAAUUAUUAACUGCUGCUGCAAGCCUACCACCUCCACCAUCUGACAUGGAUUUAGAAACAGCUGAAAUACCUGGACCAGAAUCUGAUCGACCUUCUGACAUCAUUAUGUCCAGACCACGUUUCACUUCAAUCCCGACUAGUAAUUGGUCGUCUUCAAUAACAAGUAUUUCUAGAAUAUCAUCUGGUGGCCUACUCAACGAAUUGAGUACAACAACAGAUAAUUUAUCCACAUUAAAAAUUAAAUCAGAUUUCAGUGAAGAUCAAACAGUUGCAUCAGAUGUAGAACAUAAUGAAACUGAAGGACAUUUAUUAAGUGUUACUAGUUCAAUUUUACGAUCCCUUCAGACUCCUUCAGGGUUCGGUACUAAACUGGAUAAUCUACGUCACUUAAGUCAAGGGUGUUUAGAGGAAUAUACAUCCGAAGCCCGUAAACUUGGUGUUCGAGUUGCAGAAAGCAAACGUGUACUCGAGAAUACUGUAGCACAACGUUUACAUGCAGAACAACGUUUAUUUGAAGCCAGAAUUGAAUGUUCAGAGCCAUUUGUAGCAACAUCACUAAAACCUCAAAAUGAUCUGUCUACAGAGUUAAUUGUUCAGUCUCAGAGUCCCAAUAAUAUGUCAACUUCAAUUUAUCCUACCCCUUCUAUUACUGCUGGUAAAAUAGGAGAUCUGGGUGUUAGUGUAUUCAAAGAUGAAAGCUCUAAACGCAAUGAAACUUGUUUCAUUCAAUUAAAAUUGUUUCCUUAUGACUAUUAUUAUUAUUGUAAUUAUAAUAGUCGACUUUCGACAUCGAUGAAUUUUAUAUUCAGAAUGUACAGAAAGAAAUACAUUGAUUUCCAAUUAUCCCUUUAUUUACUAUAA